CAAGCGUUUGCCUCCUUCGAGUGCUUUGGUUGCUGUACACUGCCGAAGAAGCGUCUCUUCUUCCAGACGAUCCAGCUCUUUCUUGAGCUCUUGAUUCACUUCCACACUGGUGCCGCUGCUCCUGGGACCGUCUUGAUCUCUAUAGAUGGAUCUCCUCGACAACCUCCGUGACUCACUGGCAGCCUGCCUCUCGGCCCUGUCCUCGAACUCUCUCUUCGUCAGUACCUCGACAUAGCGGCUCAAACUCAAGUGCGGAUCACAGCCAGCUCCAUUCGGCACUGUCGACAGUGAUCGUAAGAUCCUUCUCAUGGACAGAUGCUCGCUCGUCACUGCCACUCUGUGCUAAGAUCCAUCAGCUCCGCCUCGCGGGAUCUUCCAGACAUCGAAAACUACGCGUCACUCCUAAGAUCUUGCAAGAACUUAGCCAGAGGCAAGCAACUCCACGCUCACUUAGGAACUUUCGAGGCCGACACCAGCACUUACCUUGGAAAUCUCCUCGUCAACAUGUAUGGUAGCUGUGGCAGCGUCUCCGAUGCCCAAGCAGCGUUUGAUCGGAUCGAGGAGACGAACGUUUACUCAUGGAACAUUUUGGUAGCGGCGUAUGCCCAGGCUGGGCAUAUGCCCGAGGCAAGGCAAAUCUUCGAGGCAGCGCCGGCCAGGAACGUAGUAACUUGGAACACGGUCAUGACAGGGUAUGCUCAACAGGGAUAUAGCGACGUGACAGUGGAACUCUUUGAGAGGUUCCUGGAUAGUGGUAUCAGGCCGACUGGGGUGACGUUCCUGGCAGCUUUGGAAGCUUGCUCGGCUCCCGGGUUGCUGGAGACAGGGAGGAGAAUUCACGACAAGAUCGCGAGGCUUGGGCUUGCGGCAGAAGUGAAGAUCCAGACAGCGCUGGUAAACAUGUACGCUAAGUGUGGGAGUUUGGAGCUUGCUGUGGAGGUUUAUCGCGAGAUCCCAGACGAAGCCAAGGUGGUGGAAGUGAGAAACGCGAUGCUGAGCGGGUAUGCCCAGAACGGCCAUGUCGACGAAGCAAGAAGAGUCUUCGACGAGAUGGAGGAGAGAAGUUUGGUGUCGUGGAACGCCAUGGUGGCCGGCUAUGCCCAGAACGGGCAUUCCGCGGAGGCUCUCCGGUUCUUCCACGCCAUGCUCCUCGACGGUGGCGUGAAGCCGAGCUCCGUCACCAUCGCCAGCGUCUUGGAAGCGUGCACGACAGCAAGCCGAGCCCGACGCCUACACUCACUCAUCUCCGAAUCCAGCAACCUCUCGGACGACUUACGGGUGGUCACAGCUCUCACCAACGCGUAUGGUAGGUGUGGACUCCCCGGCGAGGCCCGGGAGCUCUUCAACAGAUCGAGCAGCAGGGACGUGGUGCUGUGGACGACCAUGAUCACGGCGUAUGCCCAAAACGGGUAUAUCACCCAGGCAAGAGAGCUCUUCGAGGAAGCACCGAGCAAGAACGUUGUUUCCUGGACGACGAUGAUCACAGGCUAUGCCCAAGCGGGCUAUCCCCGAGAGGCGCUACAGAUGCUGCGAAGGAUGGAUGUGGAAGGCGUCCAGCCCAACCGGGUGACGCUCGUCUGCGUGAUCGAGGCUUGUUCCGACGUUGCGGCCCUGGCUGAGGGAAAGAUGGUCUACUCCGAGAUCGCCGGCUAUGGCGAUAGGAUGGACACCGUGGUUGCGAACGCGCUGCUCAAUCUCCACGGGAAGUGUGGCUGCGUCGCGGAGGCCUGGGAAGUGUUCGCAAAUCUCCGGGAGCGCAGCACCACGUCGUGGACCGCGAUGAUCACGACGUAUGCGCAGAACGGGCAUCCCUUGCGAGCGCUGGAGUUGCUCAAGCAGAUGGUGGUGGAGGGGUUCGCUCCAAACGAGAUCACCUACGUGAGCGUGCUCUCGGCGUGCGGCCACGUCGGGGAUUUGCGGCGGGCGUGCGAGAACUUCGCGAUCAUGGUCGGCGACUUUGGGGUGGAGCCGGCGCACUACCACUACAUGUGUGUGAUGGAUGCGCUGGGACGAGCCGGGCAGCUUUGCCGCGCGGAGGAGCUCCUCCACAGCAUGCCGUUUGAGCCGGACGAUAUUGCGUGCUCCAGCAUCCUGGGCGCUUGUGGGGUUCACAGCGAUCGGAGCACGGCUGCCAGGAUCGCAGGGAUCGCGGGUCAGGAUGAUGAUUUUGCUGCUUCCUCUGUGCCUUAUGUUCUUCUCUCGAAUCUCUUCGGCUGUGAUGAGCGUGUUGGAUCUGCAAUGAGAGCUGCACCAGUGUGAUCUGACGCGCUUGCUUUUGCGGACCCGUGGUUGGAUUUUGGCCUCGGUUUGAACAGCCUCGCCGGUGGCGGCGGCGAGGCUGCUUCAGUGAGGCCGCUAAGAACCCUAAAAUGCAGUCGUGUUUUUACUUUUGAAAACCUAAA